AUGGAUCUCACCCCUCCACCCGGCAUAGAUCUCAAUGCGUCCCAUCAGUCACGGCUGUAUGCGACUUAUUCCUCCACCUACGUUCUAGCGGUAAUCGCCGUAGCACUGCGGCUGUACUGUCGAUUGGGUGUCUCCAAAGCUGGAUUAUGGUGGGAUGACUAUAUCAUCUGUGUUGCCCUGGCUAUGGCUACGGGUAACUUCGUCGACAUGAUAAUCUGGAUCCAUCGGGGUGUCGGCACCCAUAUCUAUAAAUGGGGGAUACUGGGUGUAUCGCACUUCUAUAUCAACCUAUUUGUCUGCGAGAUUUUAUAUACCCUCUCUCUCUGCUUGACGAAGUACUCAAUCUUGCUAUUCUUCUGGCGUAUCUUCAGCAGCUCUAGUAUGCGUAUUCCAAUCUAUAUCCUGGCAUCCGUGAUCACGGCAUGGGGACUUGGUGUGAUCCUGACAACCGUCUUCCAAUGCGUGCCUAUCCAGGGUCUUUGGGAUUACUCCAUUAAAUCGCACUGUGGUGUGGACAUCAACAGCUUUUUCAUCGGGAACGCAGUCCCGAAUAUCAUCACAGACUUUGCCUUGUUGAUUCUGCCCUUACCGUAUGUGUGGAGGAUUCAGCGAAACACAGUCGCAAAGAUUGCGCUAACUUGUGCUUUUGCAAUGGGAGGCUUGUAUGUAUCCAUCAUUGUGUGCCGAUUCGGAUAA